AUGUCGAGAGCUCUCAUACGACAUGGCGGUCUUCUAGAUAUCGGGAAGUUUGUGUCUCGUUACGGGUAUAACGCAGACCCUGCACAAGUCAUGAUCUCUGCCGACACCAUAUAUGCCAUGGAGAAGAACAGGUAUUCUAGCUACCUGAAUAGUUAUAAUUGUUUCGUGUUGCUACGACACGGCGGUAACAGGUUCGAAGCAAGCGAUCAAAAACUACUCUGGAGGUCUUUCUGCGGAGAAAUUGACUCGUUUUAUCGUCGAUUUAGUGCACUGGCAUCGUCGGAUUUUACGGUAGCGCCGUCACCGGUUUUCUUCGAGAGCCCGCCGAAAACUUCAAUUCUGAGCGAUAUUCUGGGCGUCGAGCUCGAGUACGGUGACCGUCAAUGCUUUUGCUCAUUCCAGAAUCUAAACUCGCUCGAUUCGACCUCUGCUCUUCGCCUGUAUUUAGAACACACAAAAGCAUCGAAAUCACCCGCCAGGUUUGAGCCUAUUGCAAUUGGAAUCAAGAUGGUGAGCCCCAGCUCGGCUGCAAUAGCGUGCAUUCAGCCAUUACUCGAAGAAUCGUCCCAGAUGUAUCAAGGUUUCAACUAUGAGAAACUUUUAGAGAUCGCCAAACGAUCGCAAACCAGUGGCCCUGAUCCCAUGCGGAAAGAGGUGAAGGGAUUAUUAGAAGUGCUUGCCGGGAACAGACUGUUGACCCCCCGUCUCGCAAAGCUCGACCGGUGGCUCCUUCUCACUGCAGACCAUGUCGCAAGCGCGACCGAUGAUGACACGUGA